CAGCCAGAGAAAAGGGAACAGAAAGGAAAGAGAGACAGAGAGAGGGAGGGGAAUAAGAAAAAGAUAGAACGAAGCAGCAUUAAAGCACACAAAUAAAUCUGAAGUUCUUGGCAGCAGCAUAUAAAUAACCAUGGAAUGGACACAGACGAGUUCACCACGGAUGGUAUGGAUCAGCUCCAAAUGCUCACAACAAAACCUUCAGUGGCUGAUAGACCUGCUUGAGUCACAUUUCUCUCAGCUUGUGUCAGAAGUGAAAUAUCUUCAUGUCCUGAAUAUCAAUGAUUAUCAUUGGAAGAAGGACGUGCGAGUUUGUCCUGUUGGGAUCGUAUACCACAGACUGAAGCAUGAAACUAUCACUGAUGUGACUGAAUCACUUCACAAAGAGGAACUUAUGUAUAUGUCCACUUGGCUAGGCAUAAAGAAUUUUAUGGUUGUGUUGGAUGAUGUGGAGCAGUUUGACAUGAAAAAAACUGAGAGAAUUCUACGUGCAAGUCCCACCAUCACUGACCGCUGCUCUCUUCUCCUUCUGAUUCCAAAGUACAAUAAGAAAGAGGCAUUUUUAGACAAAAUUGACUCCAUAUCUCGAUUUCUGAGAAGUGAUCCAUCAGAGAAAACCUCAGCUUCUUCAUUAAACUUUCCUGAGGAAGAUUACAAACCAACACCCUCAGAUUAUUCUCGGGCAACUGAAUUCAGAAGGACGGCUUUGGACAUUUCACCUAGGCCAAAGCAUUCAGUCAGUAUCUUCUCUAGGUGCACAAAGAAUGAUUAUAACUGGUUCAUAACCCAACUACAAAAUGAAGACUUCGGGAGCCUAGUCAAAGAGGUCCAUGUCGUGGAAAUCUAUAAUAGUUAUUCACAAUUUUCAACUGAUAUCAGAAACUGCACAUUUGCCAUUCUGUAUCAUUCACUCAACUAUGGACGCCUAAGCAUUACUAAUGUGACCGACUCAUUGUAUGAUCAACAUCUGGAGACCUUAUCUAAGAGCCUUGGGAAGGAUAAAGUCAUUGUGGUCCUUGAUGAUUUGAGUGGAAACACUUUUCUGGAGAAGGAAAGAAUCCUGCAGGAGCAGCCAAAUAUUGGGAGAUAUUCCCAGGAUCUCAUUCUCUUCAGUCAAACAGAAAAAAAGGCUGGGAAUAUACAAUACAAACUGGAAGCAAUCAAACAAUCCUUGAAGACCAGCUUAAAACCUGACUCUUCAGCAUCAUCAUCAAUUAACCAGAAUCAGAAUUUCUCGAACACAGAAAGAAAAGCAUAUGGUGGGGGGAAUUCCCAAACCCCUCAGGGGCCUGGGGUUUUAAGGGGAAUGGAAUCAGGCAGGCCACUCAAUGAAACUGAUCCCCUUGGUCAAAAGUUGGAUCACAUAUUAAGCACUGUGCAACAAAUAAAGAUACAAGAACAGCUUGAAGAGUUUAAGAAGGAGCUCCGCAUGGAGAUAUCCAGCCUGAAUCAGCAACAUCGUGAUGAGAUAUCCAGCCUGAAUCAGCAACAUCGUGAUGAGAUAUCCAGCCUGAAUCAGCAACAUCGUGAUGAGAUAUCCAGCCUGAAUCAGCAACAUUACAAACAGAUGUCUCAAAUGAUUUUGCAGUUUGAAGAGUUCAUGAAGGGUCAAUCUAAAUCUCAACAUCAAAGAGGAUCAGAUGUCCCAAGUCAAGGUCACAAUGAUGCAGUUGCAAUAGGAAGAAAUUCAGCUUCAUGAAACUUUUUUACACUGCUAGAUCAUAGGUCAUGCUUCAAUUCCUUGAAAAAAACGUGUCUCAUAGUUUUGCUCAUGAUAAUGAUGAUCACAAUAAAGGAAUAUGCCUUUAA